AUAUCCCUUGCGAUUAGUAAACACAUUGUGACAGGUAGAAAUUAAUUUCAUUGGCUGGUCUAGAUGUAUCAGCCAAUGACGAUACAAUAGGAUUCUCCCAAUUUGAAGUUGACAGGAAUGCACGACAGAUGAAUCUAGUACGAUGGAGGGUGUACAAAGUUUUCUGUCAAGGCUAGAUUUAGCUGAACAUGCGGAAAUGUUUAUGACAAAAGGGUUCGAUACAGAGGACGACCUUACUUACCUAGUAGAAGAAGAUCUGGACUCCAUGUACAUCACUGAUCAGAAGGCCAGGCAAAAAAUUCUGCAGGCCGCACCCCACUACAAGCCGAGUAAAGAAUACAUUUUGUACGACUGGUUGAGAGGGAAAGGACUUGACCAUUAUUUCGUGAGUUUCAUACAAAGUGAACUCGUUGACCUUGUUGAUAUUGCCCGACUGAACCUUCCAGACGAGCAGCUGUAUGACGAACUAGAAAUAACUCUGCCAGGACACAAAAGGAGACUUGAGAGAGCAGUUCGUAGUUUGGCAAAGAAACACAAAACGUCAUUACCGUCAUUCGUCAAGUGUUCAGCUGAUGUUGGAAAACCGGAAGCUGGAGAAAUUACACCAGUUUCCUCACUAGAAAAUGAACUUCCGGUAGCGUACGGAAGAUGGGGUAAACCUCGCUGCCUAGUGGAUGCAAAGUACGACUUUCUCAUCCUUGAUGCAACAGUGGUGUCUACAAAUGAUCCUAGAGAUAGGGUUCAUAUAGAAUUCAUGGUAGACUCUGGAAGUGACGUGGUAACUUUACGACAGGAAGUGCUAGAUACCAUGGACCUUGAACUGAUCGGUCCGAUAAACAGCAAAGGAGUGCACGGAUCAAAAGUCAAAAAUUUGUACCGAGCAAAUAUACUGAUUGGUAACCAGGCCAUUGAAAUCGAGGUUAUGGGAGAAUCCUACGAUUCUAUUGGCAGUAGAGUUAUACGACAUUUCCGUCAUUAUAUAAAUGGAACAAGCCAUAUUUGGUUAAGGGGAGACUUUAUAGAUCCAACAUUACCUCAUAAAACAAAUAUUCCGGAAACUGAGGACAUUACAACACCUGUUCACCCUACUCAAGUUGAUACGUCCAUUUCCCCAGUCCAAGAAACGAUGCAAGUAGAGGAUGUACAAACUCCUAUAGACGAAAAACAUACCGAAAUAUUAGCUGGUCCUGAAGAAAGUGCAGAGGGAAUUAGUGGUAUGGAACAAGAACUAGAUAAAAGUUCACAAAUUCAGAAAGACUUUGUUAAGGUAGAUGCUGAUAUAAGAGAUCAAAAACCUGAAGAAAUUAUUACUGAAAUUUUAGGGAAGAAAAUUGAUUUUGAAUUUGCAAAAGCGGAUGGAGUAGUUAGAGUUGAAGAUAAUGAUAAAGACAAAGCUGAUGAAACUGAUAAAAUCCUCUGUAAAGAAGAUGAAAUCAUUGACAUCCGGCCAAUAAUUGCAGCAAAUAGGAAACGGCAUGCCAGUAAUACGGCAGGAGUUGAACCAGAAGAAGGCAUUGUUCAAAUGAAUGGACGACUGAUGAAAAAGAAGAAGAAAUUUUUGCAAAGUGAUUCUAAUGUUAUAGAAACUAUUUCUGAUCAUAUAAAUGGAGCUUGUCACAUAGGAAAAUCGGGUAGGGAGACAUUAAGAACAGUGCUAAAUCAAAGAUCGGUUUACUAUAGGUCUCAGGUGAAAAUGGAUCCAAUGGAGAUAAGCUGACACACAAGCUGCCUUAAAUGGCUUGUAGAUCCAUUGCAGAACGAGAGAUAGCUAUUUUUGAUCGCAAGAAAUGACGCAGAUAUAACUAGUAAUAAUUCUUUAAAUGUAUCGAAUAUAUAGUUAUCAAGCAAUAUAUGAAUUCGAGGU